AUGGUGGCCGGAGCAAUAUUGUUAUACAUCGACCCUCGGGAUUCCGCAGACAGUGCGGCACUCGAUGCCUGGCAGCAAACAAUCCGAAGGAUAAUUCAGGGGGUCCAGAACAUCGUAAAGUACGUUGCCACAGAUGAGCCCGGGCUCGGUGGCAAACCAUAUCAACUCCAGUACUUCAUCCCCGUAAAAGAUAUUGGCAAGGUUGACAAAGCCUUGAUCGAGGUUUUGAGGAACGAUCCAACAUAUCCGCUGAACAAGUCCGAUUGGAACGUAUUUGAAAGGAUUUCUUACGACUUCCGUCAAGAUGUCGAUGGCGAAGCGUACCCACCGGGCAAGCAGGUGGUCCAAGUCGGCAUGUCGCCAAUCGACCAACCGGAGAUCAUCAAAGACUACCACAACUGGUACACCCAAGAACAUAUGCCCCGCUUGGCUACAGUCAAGGGUUGGCGUGUAGGCACGCGGUACAAGCUACUCUGGACACAAGGCGAUCAGGCAGAAAUUGUGGAAUCUUUUCUGGCUCAACACCAGUAUGAUGAAACGCCAGAAACAAUGGGAUCACUGGCCCCUGAUCCAAUGCCGGUCACCAAUCGCCCUAUCGGUACUCACCGACCGAUUCGCAUUAUCUGCAUUGGAGCGGGCUAUUCCGGCCUGAUGAUGGCAAUCAUCGCUGGAGAGAAGAUGAAAGACCACAACGUCGAGUUUCAAAUUUACGAUAAGGAGAAUGACCUGGGAGGGACGUGGCUUGUGAAUAGAUAUCCUGGCUGUCAAUGUGAUAUCCCAGCACACAACUAUGGGUAUAGUUUUGCACCAAACCCAGCAUGGAAAAACUAUUAUGCCACUUCAGAUGAAAUCUACGAUUACAUGAAAUGGGUUGCGAAGAAGUACGACUGCGAGAAGUAUAUGGCCUUCCGCCAUACUGUGACUGCUGCCGAAUGGAAAGAGGAUGAUGGUAAAUGGGAGAUUACAGUUCAGAACGAGACGAAAGAAUUCAGAGACGAAUGCGACGUGCUAAUCAACGCUGGAGGCGUCCUGAGCUCAUCCUUGAUAUACAGCACCUGGAAAUGGCCCAACAUCCCCGGCAUCAACAAUUUCAAAGGCAAAUUGCUUCAUUCCGCUGAAUGGGAUCGGUCUUACGACUGGACUCACAAGACGAUUGCUGUGAUCGGCAUCGGAUCUUCUGGUGUUCAAAUUCUACCAAAGGUCGCCCCUGGAGCCAAACAUGUCGACUUCUUCGUGCGCUCGUCGACCUGGAUUGCGCCUGGGCCUGGUGCAUUAAAACCAACAAAAGAAGAGCCCGAGAUGGAUGCUGAAUACAACUAUGCAGAGUCCGAGCUCACGCGCUUUGCGAAGGAUCCUGAGUACCUACGACGACAUCGGCAGGCAUUGGCCAACAAAAGAAUUGAUUCAUUCAAACAGUCCAUGAGCGGACCCGAAGCCCAGCAUCAGACAGAUACCUACUUCAAAGCAGAGAUGCUACAACGGCUCGGAGGUUCGCCAAAAGCUUCCCGUAUAGCUGAAUGGCUCCUGCCAGACUUUCCUGUGGGCUGCCGACGAGUGACUCCCGGACCCGGUUUCUUAGAGGCCUUGGUGCGUGACAAUGUUGACAGCUGGUGGAACAACAUAGACCACAUCACUGAGACGGGGAUCCGCUGUCGAGACGGCUCUCAUAAAGAGGUGGAUGCUAUCUUCUGUGCCACGGGCUUCGAUACCACAUUUAAACCCCGAUUCCCUCUCAUCGGCCGAGGUGGGGUGGAUUUAGCUGACAAAUGGUCAAAAGAUGAUCCGGAAGCGUACUUUGGAAUUACUGUGCCCGGGUUCCCAAACUACUUCACCUUCAUCGGGCCCAAUAGCCCUGUAUCGAACGGUUCCUUGGUGCAAGCCAUUCAGAUGACCGGGAUCUACAUCUACCAAUGUAUCAACAAGCUUCAAACCCAAGGCAUCAAGUCGAUGGAGGUGAAGGCUAGUGUGACCAAGCAGUACAAUGAGUAUCUCCAGGCUAUGCUGCAGAAGACUGUUUGGGUAGCUCCUUGUCGAAGCUGGUACAAGCGCGGCACUGUCGAUGGUAAGGUAGUAGCGCUGUAUGGAGGCAGUUGCUACCAUUUCGCGGAGGCCUUACGAGAUCCGAGGUGGGAAGAUUAUGAGCUGGAAGCUCUAGACUCGCAGAAACCCUGGUCUUGGCUAGGCAAUGGCUUCACGGUUCGGGAGCUCGAUGGUCGGAGUAUAGGGGACACGCAGACCUUGGAUUUCCAGGAGUACUGGAAUUUGGAGGUGCUGCCAGAGAUACAUUACUAG